UACUAGUGACCCAUCGAGAAAGAUUGCACAGACUCCGACAUGCAAAGGUUUCUCCACAUGAAAUCAGGGGGUGCUCUGACAAGCCAUCGUUCUUGCAAAGACAGCACAGACACAGCUGCAGGCACUCGAAAAAUAGCAUGAUGCAUGUCUUAGACUAAAAUGGUGCGCAUUUCCAUUUCUCAACAUCAGUUCAGCUUCAGACUCAAAACAUCAUACAACACAAACAUGAUCAGGAAAAUAAUUCAAUGACACAUGCAUAUAAACUUCUUAUUGGUUUUGUUUUCCGUGAUCGUAAGUUUCUUUUCCAACUGCUUCGUAGUCGCAUCGAGAUACCUUGAGAUGUUGUGUUCACUUCUCGUGUAAUCACUCGUGUCGUUCGGCUAGAAGAGUGAUGUCGUUAGAGGAGUUGUUAGAUAUCAUAUACUUCGACGUACACACACUGUACUAUCGGAAUUAAUUAGUAGGAAAAACCUGUGUCCUCGUAGCAAUUCCUGACACUAGAGAGAUCGCGGUCCCUGUGUUUUCAUUCGAUUCUUCGGAAACUCGGACAAGGAUUUCGGGAAAAAUUCUGGACUCUCACACUCGUGAAACUAAGAUAAGACGAAUUAUAUAUAUUUGACUUUUCCAACUUUGAUCUGAUCACGAUAGUUAGUUUGCAGAGAAAUUGAGUUGAAUUAGUACUCGUGCAGGACAAGUAGCUGCACAUCAAGGGCUAGUACAUCAUUGAAGACAAGGAGUUGUAAUAAUGAAGUGGGUUGAGGCUCUUCGCGAGGCAAGGCAGGCCCUCGGUCUCGGCAAUCGUAUGGUGCCGGUGGGCGGCAAGACAGAUGAAGGGCAGAUGCUCUUGCGCGAGGCAAGACGGAUAUAUGACGAAAGCAUGGAAGGACGCGCCGAUUUCCAGAUCGUCAUCCCUCGAAAAAAGCCUGACAAAGAGUGUCCCUGGAGACCGCCACGUCCCAGAGAAAAACUCAUCGAUGUUCGAUACUAUGUCGAUUCGGGGAAGGGCUCCGUUCCCGUCUCGGAGAAUCCGUCAUGGUAGAUAUCAUGCUCUUCCCCUUUCAUACUAGGUUGUUGACUGGAACAGGUUUUUAUCUAACACUAAAUGCGAAUUAAGAUCGAUGAACAAUUUUUCCAUCAGAUUCAGAGUACCGUAGAAGUUCGCUGUAACACUACAGAAUCAAUCGAUGAAGUAGACCGACGGGCCAGAAGAUAUUCACUUAUAAUAUCUAACAUGAUAAUACUUACAUGAUAGCUUCACGAUUGUCAACCCGAGGACACUUUCUGAUUUACUUACAUUGGGAACCAGGUAUCCGGGUGUGUCGUUUAAAAAUGGAAACACAUUCAAGCAGAUUCGAGCAAAUAAGGAGCCGAGAGACUUGGAUUCCUGGUGCGUUUGUUGGGCUACGCGAGACUCCGACGGUAAACCGGAGCGAAACGCGAGGCAUUUCUUUGUCGGCGAGUUCUACACUCGAGAGGACCAGGAGUAUGAGAAUGCCAAGAGACGAGCCCGCCAGUUCGCGAUUGAAUUCCGGAAGCAGAAGGUGAUGACUUUCUAUUCACUAUACUUAUAUAUAAUAUUAGAAUUGGAGUUGUGAUGAACGAACACUGCUAGGUAAUAGAUAAUUACUACUUAGACAGACCAGUGCCUUUCUGACUCUGACUAGGUCGUGCAGUAUCAACAUUGACUGGUUUUCAGUCGAAGUAGAAUUUGACUUUCUUUUUCAGGAAAGCAGAUAUGUUGCUAUAAUUGUUACGACUACUAAAAACAGGUUCGAGAAUUUGAUCAGAUGAUCAGAGAGCAGGAUCGGGCAAACUUCGAGCGGCUGAAGGCCCUCGAUAAGCUGGAGCUGUACCGACCGCCAAGGAAUCGUGUCGCAGCUCGUCAGAGCGGGCGCCAGGGCGUCACGUGGAUGUCAACUACCCAAAGCUGGCAGGUCCAAAUGCGGUGCUGGGAUGCGGCGCUCAAAAAAUCGCGCGUGAUGAAGCAAUGCCAUGUCAAAAUCAACUUGACAUUAUGGAAAGUCUGUUUCGAAAUUAGUCCGUUUUGUAUAAUUGGCAACUGAUGCCUCACCUAGUACUUUUUCCAGGUAGAUGCCAAUGCUUAAUCUCGAUAGCAUUCCAGUAAUCUUCCUAGUGCGCUAGUUGUAUCAUUCCCUCGCUUUAUGUGGCUGUAGGUACGAGGGACGAAAGAAAAUGAUGUCGUGCUCGAAUUCUCUGAGCUCUAAUAAGAGGGCUUGGUGCCCGCGAUGAAGCCAGGAUAGAGGAAGCAGUAGACAGAGCAAGACGACUCGCGAUUAGGAUUCGAAAAGGCUGGGAGGACAGGUUUUCAAAUAGACAUUUGAUAUUUCAUCACUAGAAAUUAUCGACAAAGUCCACACCUCGAAGCCAACCGUUUUAUUCUGGCAUUUCUUAUCCAUCGGAACGAAUAUCACCAAAAAGCAAAUAGAGAACCUCAAGAAUACUGCUGCUGCUCAGGUACCGCGUGUACACGAUCAAGCACUACGCGAAGUUUCCGAAAUACGAUGAGAACGGGCGUCUGAUCGAGGACGAACCAGACGAGGAAGAGCCCACGGAGGAUCAGUAUGGAAAUCCGAUUGAUCCAGCUGACUUCCUCGAUGUCGUGGCAGAAGGAAGUGAGAUCCAGGACGAAGGCGAUGAAGGGGAGGUGCUCGAGGAGGAACUAGAUGGCCUUGAGGACGACGAGGAUGCAGAGAUGGAAGAUGUAGAAAGAAACUAG